AUGGGUCCCUCAGAAGGAAAAGUCGUCGUUGAGACGGACCAGGAAAGCAACUAUCCCAGCCUGGUCAAAUUCGACGGACCCGAUGACCCAGACCUGCCAUUGAAUUGGUCCUUCGCCUGGAAAGUCUGGGUGACCACGGUGGUGGCUGUUCUCAAUCUCAUCGGGACGAUCGCCAGCAGUAUCUUCCAGACAGGAAGUAAAACGUUCAUGCAAGAGUUCCAUAUCGGUCAAGAGGUCGCCGUGCUGGGCACGACUUUCUUCCUGGUGGGCUACAUCUUCGGCUUCCUCACGUUCGGCCCUCUGUCCGAGCGUUUCGGGCGCAAAUGGCCAAUGCUAGUGGGCAUCACGCUUUCCUCGCUGUUCGACCUGAUGCCUGCGCUAGGCCACAACCUGCCCACGAUCCUGCUCGGCCGCUUCUUCGGUGGUCUCUUCGGCGUUGCGCCCGUCGCCAUCUUCGGGGGAGUGAUAAGCGACUGCUGGCCGGUAGCGCAGCGCGGCGUCGCCAUGGCGCUGGCCGUCUCCCUGGUCUUCUCAGGCCCGACCUACGGCCCGGUCUUCGGCGGAUUAAUCAUGGGCUCCCCGUCGCUAAACUGGCGCUGGAACAUGUGGGUGGUGAUCAUCGUCGGGCUGGGCGCUACGCUCAUAUGUGUGGUAGCCUACCCGGAGACAUACCCGCCCGUUCUCCUGCGCCAGAAGGCGCGCGCCCUGCGACGCAAGACCGGGAAUUCAAACCUGGCGACUGAGUCCGACAAGGAAGGGUUGAGCAUGGAGGAGAUCAGACGCAAAUAUCUGAUCCGGCCGUUCUGGCUGAUAACAACGCAACCAAUCCUCGCCCUCCUAACUCUGUAUCAAUCCUUCGUCUACGGCGUCCUCUUCCUCUUCUACCAAACCUACCCGGUGGCCUUCGGCGAAGACCGCGGCUGGAGCAUAACCCUCCGGUACCUGCCGCUCCUCGGCAUAAUCACCGGCGUAUUCGUCGGAGCCGCCGGAAUCGUCCUGCACAACCAGUUGUAUCUCCGACACUACUGCCACGCGCCAGACGGGAGCUUCAUCCCAGAGAGCCGACUGCCGCCGAUGAUCGUGGGCGGGCUGCUCGUGCCGGCGGGCAUGUUCUGGUUUGCGUGGACGGCCGCCGCGCCGAAUAUCGCGUGGCCGGCGCCUGUGUGUGCCGGUCUGUUGAUUGGAGCAGGCAUGUAUCUGCUUUUUAUUCAGGGGUUCAAUUAUAUUGUGGAUUGUUAUACUAGUAUGGCCAAUAGUGCGAUGGGGGUUAAUGGGGCGAUGCGCAGUGUGUUUGGGGCUGUGUUCCCGCUGUUUGCGAGUCAGAUGGUUCAUGGGCUUGGGGUUGCCAAGACGGUUUCCCUGCUUGGUGCGUUGAGUGCCGCGCUGGUGCCAGUCCCCGUUUGUUUUUGGUAUUGGGGGAGUAGGAUUCGGGCUUGGUCUUCUGCUAAGGUUUUGCCUUAG